AUGGCCUCGUCAACUUUCCAGGGUGGCAUCGCCCUCGUCACUGGUGCUGCGUCUGGUAUCGGACGUGAUACCGCCCUGGCCCUAGCCCAGGCUGGCGUGGAAGGCAUUGUCCUGGCAGAUCUGAAACCAGCGGACGUCGUUGUCGAAGAGAGCCAAAAAUUCGCCAGCCACGCAAACCUGCGUGCCGUAUCGGUGCAAACCGACGUGACGGAUGAAGCGAGUGUGAAUAUCAUGGUGCAGACAGCAAUCAAGGAAUUCGGCCGUAUCGAUUACUGCGUGCACUCAGCAGGGAUGGGAAACAUCUCCGGCGCGAUCACCGAGCGGGUCAAAGUUGAUGUCUUCGACCAGACCAUGACGACCAACGCGCGCGCCACGAUGCUCGUCCUGCGCGCCGUCUCGGCUGCCAUGGCAACGCAGGAACCGCGUGAAUAUCAGAGCGCUCGACACGGCGGUACACGCAGUCUGGGCCGUGGAUCUAUCGUCGUGGUGUGUUCCAUCAACGGGUGCAUCGCGGCGCCGGGCAUGAUGCCGUACACGGCGUCCAAGUGGGCGGUGAUUGGGAUCGCCAAGACCGCGGCGGUGGAUAACUUCAAAAACCAUAUCCGUGUGAACAUUGUCUGUCCCUCGUGGACGCAAACUCCCAUGAUGGAAGCCAGUCUGCAGCGCGUGCCGCAUCUGAGUGCCAUGGUCGAGGCUAUCAGUCCGUUGAAACGAGGCGCGCUGACCGAGGAGGUGUCGGAUUCCAUCGUGUUUCUCUGCAGUCCGUCGGCCAGCUAUAUAAAUGGCACGGUGUUGGCGGUCGAUGCGGGGGCGACGCUGACUGUGGCGAGAGGGAGUCUUUGA